GACGCAAGUAAUUAUUAUCACGAUUCUCGUAGCCUUAUUAAAUCCCUAUAUAAAUAAGGGAGGAGUGGUUCUAUUGUUAGGCUUGAAGAGAAAGCGCGGCCACACCACCAAGAUGGGCGGCGACAACCUCAAGUUCCUCUGCAGCUACGACGGUAAAAUCCUCCCCCGCUAUCCCGACGGCAAGCUCCGCUACCUGGGCGGCCACACCCGCCUCCUCUCCCUCCCUCGCUCCACUGCCUUCUCCGAGCUGCUUGUGAAGCUGGGAGACCUGUGCGGUUCCCCCGUCACUCACCUCCGCUGCCAACUACCUACGGAGGACCUCGACGCCUUGGUCUCCAUCACUUCCGAUGAGGAUCUCGCUAACCUUCUCGAGGAAUACGACCGCGUUUCAUCUUCCAAGAUCAGGCUCUUCCUUUCCUAUUCAUCCCCCGCCAAAACUACGCCAUCCUCCUCUUCCUCUUCUUCUUCCUCCUCCUCGACGUCGUCGUUUCGCGCCCAAAUGUGUACCGGAACCAAGAAAUCCGCUGUCACUGCGAGAAAUUCCGCUUUCCCCUGCUAUGGUUACCGUGUCCCGGGAAACGCCGGUGGUGUUGUUUACCUCGUAAACAACUGCAACCACUGGCACUAGUGCCAGCUUAGCUUCGAUCCACGGAUGAUGGAACAGAACAACAAUUAAGAAACUAUUUUACUAAUUAAGAAAAGGAUGUGAAUUUAAAGAUAAUUAUAUAAAUGUGUACAUAUGUGAUAUAAAUCGCUGGGAAGGAUUGGAGUUUUAGAUUGUGAUCCUUGCUUUGACCAUUAAUGAAUUCCAGUCAGAUUUCGUUUCGAUCCAAA